ACAUUGCUGGCCUUACGGAUCAGUUUAUUAAGUCUGUUGGCAUCUGUGACCCUCAGCCUGCAGGGAUGUAAAGGCAAUUUGGUGCUUUGGUUGGGCUUAAAAGAGCUAAGUUAUGUAGACAUUACUUGACAAAUCUAAACAAGGUUACAGAAACUCAGUAGCUCCAGAAGGACAAAUAACAGGAAAAAUCAGUGGAAAACAAAUCCCCCGGUGCCAUGUUACUUCCUCCACAGGAAAGACUAAGAAGUUCUAUGGUAAGAUAACUUGCUUCACUUCUCCAGACCCUAUUGGGUGUCCCGGCUGUUUGAUGGACCCUUUGCUGUGAGUUGCUAGCACAAGUUUACUUUCCUUGCUUCUGUGGUUUCUUGCAGUCUGUAGACGAAGAGGCAGAAAAAUGGGGCAGAAAAGAAGAAUGCUUCUUGCUGCAAUAAUUUUUAUAGCUGUCUAUUACAAAGUGACCGCGAAGGAAACAAGACUACUGGAUGUCCAAAAGACCACAAAUGUUGUGGAUGAUCUGUACUAUGGAUGCCGUGAAGAGGCCAUGAAGAAGUUCAUCGAGUCAGAUGUGUUAAAACAAGAACUAAAUAACAGUGAAGGAUUUCAGAAAGCAUGGAAUAAAAGUAUUGAGUGUUCAAAGCAGAUCCCUCAAGGACGAAAAGAGCAUAGUGCUGCACUUUCAGUCUAUAUUAAUGAGGAUAAAUCGUUCAUACAAACACUGAACAAAGCAAUAGAGACAAUGGGUGGAAAUGUUAGCAUCUAUGAAGACCACUUCAACCUCAAGUCUCUUCAUUUCCUGCUGAUGGACUCCAUGAGGCUGCUGAAGCCAAAGGAGUGCAAGAACUUUUAUGUUUUUCAAGAUGGUAAAAACCAACCACAGAAAGGCUCCACAGUGAGAUUUACAAGUUUCACUUUAGCUUAUUCAGACUAUGAAGAGCUAAAGAGACCUAAACAUGUCAAUGAGAAUACUAUUUUACAUCUCACUUCUUGCUUCUUUGUCAACCUGAAAGACUAUGUGUGCGGUCAAGAACAGGAUGAAAUACUCUUAUCUCCAGCAGAAGUUUUCACUGUGGAACAAGUGGAAACAAAAACUACAUCGGAUGGUGACGAAUACCUUGAGAUUGAUUUGAAACAGUCGGGACUGAAAAGCUCACACAACUGUUACAUCUUUUCACGGAUGUCAGUAGGUCAGGAGACUACCACAGCUGUUGCAGAGCGAGACAGGUCUCCUCCAGCUGUUGUCGCCACCCUGUGGCUUGUAUCAGUGCUUGCAGCCUUAUCUUCUGUUUCUUUAGCUGUUUAGCAAAAACAGUUAUCAUUCAGAGUUUUCUGGGUUUUAUAAUCUGCAAUAUUGCUUUGAUUAUUCAUACACCUUUUUUUAGGUCUUUAUUUGGCAGAUUGUGGUGAAUUGCAGUAUUGCAGUAUUGUGUCAAAAUAUAGUCAAAUACAGUUUUCUGCUUCUGUCAUAUAUUAUGAAUUAUAAACUCAGUUUUUAUUUUCUUUAUGCACGC